UUUACGCUGUAUUAUAUUCUCGUGACACGUGUUUGAUGACGUGGUCAUCGUCUUCGCGCUCAGUUUUUUCUCUCUCUCCCUCUCUCUCGUCUUCCUCCUUCAAAAAAAACUGAACUCUUUUUUUCUCUCUGUUUUUUCUAGAGAGAGAGAGAGAGAUUGGAAUGCGUUAAAAUUUCUCUUUAGUUUUCAAGUUUUCUCGAUUUGGAUCUCUGAGCUAGCUUACAGAUUUUUGGAGAAAGAGACAAUUGUUGUUAAGUGUGGAAACGUUAAGACCAUGGGAAAAAGCGAGGAACCAAAGGUUACCAAAUCAGACAACAAACCAUCUUCACCACCUGCGGAUCAAACAAAUGUUCAUGUCUACCCUGAUUGGGCCGCUAUGCAGGCUUAUUAUGGGCCAAGAGUAGCAAUACCUCCUUAUUACAACUCAGCUAUGGCUGCUGCAUCUGGUCAUCCUCCUCCUCCUUACAUGUGGAAUCCUCAGCAUAUGAUGUCACCAUAUGGAACACCGUAUGCAGCGGUUUACCCUCAUGGAGGAGGAGUCUACGCUCAUCCUGGAUUCCCCAUGCCUCAAAGUCAAAAGGGUGCUGCUUUAUCAACUCCGGGGACGCCAUUGAACAUAGACACUCCUAGUAAAUCAACAGGAAACACAGAGAAUGGGCUGAUGAAGAAGCUGAAAGAGUUUGAUGGACUUGCUAUGUCUCUAGGAAAUGGUAAUAAUGGUGAUGAAGGUAAACGCUCACGGAACAGCUCAGAAACGGAUGGUUCUAGUGAUGGAAGUGACGGGAAUACCACUGGGGCUGAUGAACCGAAACUUAAGAGAAGCCGAGAAGGAACUCCAACCAAAGAUGAGAAGAAACAUUUGGUUCAGUCAAGCUCAUUUCGGUCUGUUUCUCAGUCAAGUGGUGAUAACGUUGUAAAGCAUAGUGUUCAAGGAGGAGGUGGAGCUAUAGUCUCUGCUGCUGGUGUAAGUGCAAAUUCAAACCCAACCUUCAUGUCACAAUCUUUAGCCAUGGUUCCUCCUGAAACUUGGCUUCAGAACGAGAGAGAGCUGAAACGGGAGAGAAGGAAACAGUCUAAUAGAGAAUCUGCAAGAAGGUCAAGAUUAAGGAAACAGGCUGAGACUGAAGAACUGGCUAGGAAAGUUGAAGCCUUGACAGCAGAAAACAUGGCGUUAAGAUCUGAGCUAAACCAACUUAAUGAGAAAUCUAAUAAUCUAAGAGGAGCUAAUGCAACCUUACUGGACAAGCUGAAAAGUUCAGAACCUGAAAAGAGAGUUAAGAGCUCAGGAAAUGGAGACGACAAGAACAAGAAGCAAGGAGACAAUGAGACUAACUCUACCAGCAAACUGCAUCAACUGCUUGAUACCAAGCCUCGAGCUGACGGUGUAGCUGCUCGCUAAUCAUAACACUCUUGUGUGUCGACUUCUACUUAAUUUGUCGACAGAAACAAAGAAAAACAAGUGUAUGCUAAUUCCAGAAAACUUGUUAGAUAGUAUAGAAGAGAUGGAGAUGGAGAUGGAGAUGAUUUGAUCUUAUAUAUAUAGAUUUUCCAGAGAGGGGUGAUUGUUAAUAUGGAGAGGCUCUAUUUUU